ACUUCUCUCCUCCUUUCACAACGUUCAUCACUUGACUGAGCUGUCCAUCCAGACUCUGAAAGAAACUGAAGAAGCAGUAUCCAUGACCAACACGAUGACAUCAACGGUCCUCAUCAGCUUCCUGGCCUGUCUGCUCCUGGUCAAUGUUGAAGGCCAGGUGGGUCAUUCUAAAGCUCGGUGCCUGUGUCUGAAUGGACUGGUGAACCACGUUAAAUCUCGUCACAUUGAGAAGCUCGAGGUGUACACCUCCAGCCACUCCUGCAGGAACAUGGAGAUCAUUGUCACUCUGAAGAACGGAAAAGGGAAAAAGUGUCUGAAUCCAGAGGCUCCAUUUGCCAAGAAAACCAUUGAGAAAAUAAUGAAAAAACACAGGAGUGUGCAGUGAACUGAAGACUGCCUGAAGACUGCCUAAAGACUGCCUAAAGACUGCCUAAAGACUGCCUGAAGACUGCCUGAAGACUACCUGAAGACUGCCUAAAGACUGCCUGAAGACUACCUGAAGACUGCCUAAAGACUGCCUAAAGACUACCUGAAGACUGCCUAAAGACUGCCUGAAAACUGCCUAAAGACUACCUGAAGACGGCCUAAAGACUGCCUAAAGACUGCCUGAAGACUGCCUAAAGACUGCCUGAAGACUGCCUGAAAACUGCCUGAAGACUGCCCAAAGACUGCCUGAAAACUGCCUGAAGACUGCCUGAAAACUGCCUGAAAACUGUCUGAAGACUGCCUGAAGACUGCCUAAAGACUGCCUAAAGACUGCCCGAAGACUGCCUGAAGACUGCCUGAAAACUGCCUGAAAACUGCCUGAAGACUGCCUAAAGACUGCCUGAAGACUGCCUAAAGACUGCCUGAAGACUGCCUGAAGACUUCCUAAAGACUGCCUAAAGACUGCCUAAAGACUGCCUGAAGACUGCCUGAAAACUGCCUGAAAACUGCCUGAAGACUGCCUAAAGACUGCCUGAAGACUGCCUAAAGACUGCCUACAGACUGCCUAAAGACUGCCUAAAGACUGCCUGAAGACUGCCUAAAGACUGCCUGAAGACUGCCUGAAAACUGCCUGAAGACUGCCUAAAGACUGCCUAAAGACUGCAUGAAGACUGCCUAAAGACUGCCUGAAGACUGCCUGAAAACUGCCUGAAGACUGCCUAAAGACUGCCUAAAGACUGCCUAAAGACUACCUGAAGACUGCCUAAAGACUGCCUGAAGACAGCCUGAAGACUGCCUAAAGACUGCCUAAAGACUGCCUGAAGACUGCCUGAAGACAGCCUGAAGACUGCCUAAAGACUGCCUGAAGACUGCCUGAAGACUGCCUGAAGACAGCCUAAAUAUAUGUUUACACUGUUGAAUGGCACGUAGAAAGUUGUUUUUUAAAUGUACAAAGUCAGUAUCUGUUACACAAUAUGACUUACUAGUUGAGUGACAUUUCUAGCAUUUCCAAUGGAAAAAAUAAAAGCAUGUAAAUAUUCUUUUUUAUUAUGUAAUGUAAUAUAUGUAUGUAUUUCUCAGGUUUUCUAUCAAAUUAAAA